GAGGGGGGUGAUUUGCCCUUGUGUAGUCGGUGCUCAUGGCAGAUUACUGUGCUCUUAGAAUUGAAAAUAAGUUCCGAUUCGAUAAAGAGGAAGUCUAAAUUCUCGAAGUGUUUUUCUGCACAAGUCUUUAAUUUGGAAGGAGAAAUCGAAUGCAAGUCUCCAAAUGUAUUAGCAGCACAGCCAGAGAAGACAAAAGAGCAUCCGUAAACCAAGACAUCUUUGGAGAGCAUAGGAGUUUUGUCUGCAGUUUUCUGACACAGACUGCUGUCAUUGAACUAACCGACUUGUGAUUAGAACACUAUCCCAGGCCACGCCUUCUUGCGCUGGCCACUAUGGUUGACCUCGUAACAACAGCCAGCACAGCAACUGUAUCAUCCAUACCCAGCAUUUCAUACCUCUCGUCUACUUUAAAUAUUCCUCGGCUACCUCAACAUUCAAACUCGCUAUGGUCUCUCCAAAACUCUACUCCCUUACGGGGUCGUCAAAACGCUUCAAACGACACGCAAACCAUGACCAAUACAGUGAUAACCUACGACAUUGCUUCCGGCCGUGUUCCGGACGACUUUCUGGUUAGUCGACAAGAUGGCGGAUCCUACAACAGUAAUCUGGGUUUUCCUUUUCACCGCUCCGAUGAAGGAAACCUGUCAGACCUCGUGACUCUCAGUGUUUUGGCGGGUACACUCUCUCCGGCUGUGAGCCCCAUGUCCAAAGUUAGAGGGGAUGGCAGAGGUGGCAACCACGACUCGGCCAUGACUACAGCUUAUAUUGUGACGUUUUCCUCACUUUUUUUCCUUGUCGGCUCCGUGGGCAUUACGGGUAACGUCAUGGUCGUCUACAUUGUUCUCUCUGAUGGUAAAAUGAGAAGAUCCAUGACCAACAUGCUGAUCCUGAACUUGGCCUUGGCGGACUCGCUCAUCAUGCUGUUCGGCCUACCAGAGAUCGUCAUGUUCAUGAUGAACGACGGCUGGCGUCUGGGCCAGAUCGCCUGCUCGGUGGAUCGGACAGUGCUCGUCUGCGCCCUCUACUCCUCUGUGCUCACUCUCGUGGCUGUCUGCAUAGAGAGAUACAUAGCCAUCGUGUUCCCGAUCAAAGCUCACAUCAUGUGCACAAAGAAGCGGAUACUUCUCGUCAUCAUUAUCGUCUGGUUCAUCUCUGGGCUCUGCGCCACACCCACUGCCGUGUUCAAUCGUGUCCUACAGCUGUCCGUGGUCCCUCCCCGUGAGUUCUGCCUCACUCAGUUCCACACCAACAGAAGCCAACACGAAGUGUACUACCGAAUUUUCAAGUACAGCGAGUCAGCGUUGUUCUACCUGGGGCCGUUAAUUCUUCAGAUUGUCUUCUAUGCUGUCAUCGGAAAACGUCUAUUUGUCGGAGUGGAAAAGCUACACAGAACCAGUGGAGGGGGAAUAAGUUCAGCAUCACGCCCAAAUGGUCGCGGCCCUCCUACAAGAGCCCUGAGCGAGGCCAUACGAGCUAGAAAAGGCGUCGUGAAGAUGCUCAUGGCCAGCGUGGCCAUCUAUUUCCUCAGCUAUUCCCCACAUCAAAUCCUGCUCUUCUACAAAACCUUCUCACCCGUCAGAUUUGACCAAACUUGGAUGUUCCACGUACUCACGACGACAUUGGCUUACAUUAACUCUGCGGCGAAUCCAGUGCUGUACUGUGUCUUCAGCGACAACUUUCGCAGCAAGUUUCGCCAAAUCUUACAACGGUGCGCAUGCGGCAGUACGUGCUGCCAUCGGUGCUGUUGCCGGCGUGAGACGGACAGCCCUCGGCCCAUCACCCUCAACUCGUACACUGAGUACACAACGCUCGUGAGGAAGAACACUCAACGCCAAGUCGGGGCUCCUGUGUAAACAGCUAAGGCUAGCUGGCCUGAUAGAGCUUUACUCCAGUAACUGCCGAGAACCUCAUUCGAUCGUAAAACAGCAUAGUUGGACAUCCAAUAUGGCUAGCAUCAUGUCCCAUUUAAGCUACCCCCUCCCUGGGAUCAUCCUUUUCUUUAUAAUCAAAACACGCUCCAGAAUUUCACUUUUGGGAGAACAAACAAAUCAUUCCAUGCUUCAAUAUUUCUCUCAAAGAGUUCACACUGAACAGAAACAGUGCAUCAUGUUGGAGUUGUGUUGGAAACAGGAAGGUUAACUAAAUAGCUCCAUGUUUACGUUCAGGUAUCCUUUCCUCCAGUUGUUUGUAACGAAAGUAAUCCUAUUGCCUGGUAAUCUAAACAUCGUUUUAAUAUAAUGAGAAAAAUGGAAUCACGGAAUCUAUGUUAUAGGAGCAAUGGUUUUAUUGUGAAAGGUUGAGAACAGUUUUGCACAUCGCUGGUAUGACCACCACUAUACUUAAUGUGUCAUACGUUAUACCGAUCUCGUUCACGAAUCUUGCUCUAGGCCUUCGGUAUCCCAAAACACUGAUUCUAAAGUCAGAAAUAUUCCACUGUCAAAAUAAAUUCCGCAGCACUUUCUAUUAUGUUAUUUCUCUGAAUCUGAGUUUUUGACAAAACACGAAACAUCAUACGCUAGAGCCCAUUCAUAGUUGAGGUUAGUAUUGUACCUUCAUUAAACAGAAAGACUCUAAUCUAAUAUUAUAGGAACUGACUUUUGCUUUGCAUCAGGCAAAACAUAAAAAAUGGCACUGCUUAGAUAGGACUUUAAAGUUGUUUUAUUUAAGGGAUAUGAGUCAAACAAUGUUUCUAGUUUAGUCAUAACACAGCUUUUGAUGAAAAGUUUUGAAAGGGAAUAACUUGUCCAACGACCCUAGCUCAUUGGUUAGUGACGACUGAAGGAGACAAAGAAAGAACUCCUAGUCGAAAGACCAGAAUGUAUGUUAUUAAUCUUGUUUAGAGAGUAACGUCUCGUACAGGUGUACAGGGGAUCCUUACCCCCUCCCUUACCCCCCACCCCCACAUAGAGGGACUCAUAGACUUUUAAAAAAUUAUAAACCUGUUGUUAAAAAAAAGUCUUGAACCGAAAUGUUCUUGGUUUUAACUGUAGUUUUAGUAAGUAAAUAGGUACUUGUCACACAAAUAAGUCAUAUAAAUGCAGACGAUGAGAAGUGUUACAAGAGAGUUACAUACAAUGAAAAGAAAGAGGGGAUAUAAGGACGACAACAGACGUUUAUAACGAAAGGAUCAAGUAACACAGGAGCACAUGCCAACCAACAACAAAUACUUGCUUGGCUUUAUUGAUGUUCCAUGCAUAUUGAGAGAAGGAAGUUAAGAAAAGACAGCUAUGUCGAUCUCAUAUGGGAAUUUUCUUCACAAUGACGUGUACAAAAAUGCUUGAUAUAACCCCACAUGCUGGAGAUUGCACGGUGCAACUGGUCGUCGCUAUACAUCAUCGUGGUUUUUGUUAUUGCUGUUGUUUGGGUUUUUUUUUGGGGGGGGGGGGGGUGAGGGUCUUUUCGUUAGUGAGAAUAAACGCCUCUUUCUCAAAAACACAUCUCAAUGAGAAUCCGUAUGUUGGUUUUCGACAUUGCUUGACAGAGCUGGAUAUCACUAAUCAUUGGCCCAUCUCAAAAGCCGUCUAUAUUAUAUUGCUUUCUUGAACCAUGCUAGCAUGCUUGGAACUGGAGAGUGAACAUGGUUCAAAGACGCGCUUUUUGAUCGUUAAAUUUUAAAACGCUUAACAUUGUAAUGGGCGCAAUCUAGAAUAUUCAACAAGUACAGUGGAGGUUGUUUCAACUCUGACAGGCAGGGUUUAAGAUACCCCCCAUCAUAAAGAACGGGGAGAUACGUUAUAACUCAUCUUCACUGUAGAACCGAACCGAGCUCCAAUCGUGGGUUCCAGCUAUCUAUGACACCAUAGACGCCCGCAUCGUUCUGCCACAAACAAGACUUGGUUACCAUUUAUCACGUCAGGAUUAUGCACACGUUAAUAGAGCCAAAACGACAUAAUAGUGAAGCAAGAAGUCAAGUCACCACUAUAGGGUGCAUAUUAUUCUGUUGACUACGUGGCGAGGAAGCUAUCAUGCUCUUAUAUUUCUUGAUAUCUUAGUUCCAAAUAUGUUAUGUGCAUACUGUGUGCAGGUCUUCGAAAUCGAUUUAAGCUUUAUUUAUUUAUUUCUUCUUCUUCUUUUGAUUUUUGUUGUUUUGGUAAUUGUUU